UCGACUCUUUAGAUGGUUAGUCUUUUUUCACACUUGUUUUUUUUAUACAAAUCACCGAAUUCCUCUUCUUCUUCUCUUCCUUUUCUUCUCUCCUUUUAUAUAUGUGGAAAGCUGCAUUUAUUAGGAACACUAGUUUAGAAAGUGUCAACCCCUAAAGGAAUGUUUUUUGUUGAGAGGAGAGAGAAGAAGAAGAAGAAAUUGUUAAUUUGAAGACUAUCUGAGGGAACCUCCUAUAUAUAUAAACUCCAAGUUAUAAAAAUAUUACUUCAGAAAAAGUUCCAUUGGAGAGACUCUUAAAGCUUCAAUUUGAUUCUCAUCUAAUUAUGGGUGGAUUAAUGAGAUUUGGUGAACUAGGAGAACAAUUUGGUCAGAUUUCAGAAACUACAAUUGAAGAGAAGAUCCCAUUUCUGCAAAUGCUUCAAUGCAUAGAACACCCUUAUACAACAACAGAACCAAAUCAGUUUCUUCAAUCACUUCUCCGGAUCCAAACCCUAGAAUCAAAUAGCUGUCUCACCCUUGAAACCACCAUCAAAAGAGAUCCGGGUCAAACGGAUGACCCGGAAAAGGAUCCAAGAACAGAAACCGGAGCAGCAACGGUCAAAGAAAAGAGAAAACGGAAACGUACAAGAGCUCCAAAGAACAAAGACGAAGUUGAAAAACAAAGGAUGACUCACAUUGCCGUCGAACGUAAUCGACGACAACAAAUGAACGAACACUUAACCUCUCUCCGAUCUCUUAUGCCUCCUUCGUAUAUUCAACGGGGUGAUCAAGCUUCGAUUGUAGGAGGCGCAAUAGAUUUCAUCAAGGAACUGGAGCAACUCUUGCAAUCUCUAGAAGCUGAGAAACGUAACGAUGGAACUAAUGAAACUCCUAAAACGGCGUCGUGUUCUUCAUCUUCGUCUCGUGCAUGCACUAACUCUUCUGUUUCUAGCGUCUCUACGACGUCGGAAGAUGGAUUUACGGCGAGAUUCGGCGGCGGAGAGACGGCGGAAGUGGAAGCUACGGUGAUACAGAACCAUGUGAGCUUAAAAGUUCGGUGUAAGAGAGGAAAAGGACAGAUCUUGAAAGCUAUCGUCUCGAUUGAAGAACUAAAGCUUGGGAUUCUACAUCUCACUAUCUCUUCUUCUUUUGACUUUGUCAUCUACUCUUUUAAUCUCAAGAUAGAAGAUGGUUGUAAAUUAGGAUCAGCAGAUGAGAUAGCGACAACCGUCCAUCAGAUCUUCGAGCAAAUCAACGGUGAAGUGAUGUGGUCAAAUCUUAGUCGAACUUAGUUGACUUUUGACUCCAAGUUAUGUGUGUAACCCUAAGAAGAAUAACUAAAGAGGUGAAAGUUUGGGAGAGUUUUUUUUUUUUUUUUUUUUAAACUUUUUAGAUUUUAGAGUAGUCGCAGACUUGCAGUGUUCUACAAUGCCACAUGAAGGUUAUUAUUGCCUGUAAAUUUUGAAGAGAUACUAACUUUAGACGUCCAUGAAUUCAGUUUUCACCCCAGAAAAAAAUAAAAAUAAACCAUGAGUAAAUAUUUA